CUCUUCACCCCUUUGGCGCUCGCAGCAACCACCACGACGACAACCAACCCACCCAGCAAUUCCGUGGCCCCGCGCGCGCCGGAAUCCAGCGGCUUACUGUCUGAACUACCGACGAUCUUUCAGGGCGCCACCGAGCUCCUCAGCCAGGACACGGUCGACAAGCUGCAGACGAUUGUCAGCGGCGGCGCGGUGCUGCUCGGGGGUGACACGCCGCAGAACCUGCAGAAGUUGCUGUCGAGCGCGAAUAUCGAUAAGUUGCAGCGGCUUAUUGAUAAUGCGGACAGGCUGUUGACGCCUGGGUUUGUGAAUGAGACGACGCAGUUGAUUGACAUGGCGAAUCCGUUGAUUUCUGAUGUGGGGAAGAUUAUGAAUGCUUUGAUUGGGAGC